UCGUAGUGGAACAAAAAAACAUUAAACAGCAGAGAGAAAAAACAUUCCGAACAAUUUUAAAACCAAAUAAAAUUGAUUUUUUUUGUUUCAUCUUUUACCAAGAAAAGCAAUCAUUUGCCUGAUUCUCGUUGCAAUAAUUUUGUUAUAAUACGAUUGCAUUUAAAUUUUCCAAUUGGUGCUCGUUUCCAUUUUUUCUGAAUUUAUUUUACUUAAAGUGAUAUAAAGAUCUCAUGGAUAAACAACAAAAAAAUGUUUACCCAAAUCAACAAUCAGUCAACUAUAACAUGAUGAAUCCGUUGCACUUACCCACAGCACCGCAACAUCAUCCACACGCUGGUCAACCACCCCAGUUUUAUCAGAUUCCUUCAAUGCAACAGCCAUUAUACUAUGCAGCAUCACCACAAACUUAUUCUCCACAUCCAGUUGCGCCUCAGCAUUUCAUGAUGCCACCUCCGCCGUACUCAAGCACACCCCAAUCGUACUCGAUUAUUCCAGUAGCGGCACCGAUUACAGCACAUCAGACUAAUGAUACUACUGGAAUGCGUCCACCUCACAUGUUUCAUAAUGUGGCUGCUGCUCCGCCAGGAUAUACAAUGGCUCCGCAAACCGCAAUAUUUGAUGCUGGUGCACGGUUCAAUGGGAAAGCUCCGGUAAUUCCACCACCUGCACCUGGAUAUCUACCAAAUGCAGCACAAGUUGCUGCCAUGCAAGGUCAACCGGUCAUUGUAGAGAAGAAGAAAAACAAUUUCUUUACAGGAGGCAAAGGGGGCGGCUAUACCUUUUGGUAGUUAUAGUCAAUAUGUCAUCGCCACUUCAAUACACCAAAAAUAUAAUAAAAAAAAAAAUAUUAAUUUAAUAAUGAA